CACCCAGGCGCACUGAGUAAAGUAUGUCUUAACAAAAGCCCCAGAUUUACUGUAUGGCAGACUGACCUAAGAUGGCUGGGUCUUUAUCAGAAUAGGUCCCUGAAGCCAGUCCAGAAAGUCGCCACCGGUGCAUUUGGUACAGUGCCUGAGACCAUUCGCCCAGGAGAUUAAAAUGAUGCUCAACUCUUCCACCGAAGAUGGCAUCAAAAGAAUCCAGGAUGACUGCCCAAAGGCCGGGAGGCAUGGCUACAUAUUUGUCAUGAUUCCCACACUCUACAGCAUCAUCUUUGUGGUGGGGAUAUUUGGGAACAGCUUGGUGGUGAUUGUCAUCUACUUUUACAUGAAACUCAAGACAGUGGCCAGUGUCUUCCUUCUGAACCUAGCACUGGCUGACCUGUGCUUCUUGUUGACUUUGCCCCUGUGGGCUGUCUACACGGCGAUGGAAUACCGCUGGCCCUUCGGCAACUACCUGUGCAAGAUCGCCUCUGCCAGUGUGAGUUUCAACCUCUAUGCCAGUGUGUUUCUGCUCACGUGUCUGAGCAUUGAUCGCUACCUGGCCAUUGUUCACCCGAUGAAGUCCCGCCUCCGCCGUACCAUGCUGGUGGCCAAGAUCACCUGCAUCAUUAUCUGGCUGCUGGCCGGGCUGGCUAGCCUACCUGCUGUCAUCCACCGGAAUGUCUACUUCAUCGAGAACACCAAUAUCACUGUGUGCGCUUUCCACUACGAAUCUCAGAACUCCACCCUCCCCAUAGGACUAGGCCUGACCAAAAAUAUCCUGGGCUUCACGUUCCCUUUUCUGAUCAUUCUGACCAGUUACACCCUGAUCUGGAGAGCCCUCAAGAGGGCUUACGAGAUCCAGAAGAACAAGCCGAGGAACGAUGACAUCUUCAAGAUCAUCAUGGCAAUUGUGCUUUUCUUUUUCUUUUCCUGGGUGCCACACCAGAUCUUCACCUUUCUGGAUGUGCUGAUCCAACUGGGUGUCAUCCGUGACUGCACCGUCUCCGACGUUGUGGACACUGCCCUGCCCAUUACCAUUUGCUUAGCCUAUUUCAACAACUGCUUGAAUCCUCUCUUCUAUGGUUUUCUGGGGAAGAAGUUUAAAAAGUAUUUCCUCCAGCUUCUGAAAUAUAUUCCCCCGAAAGCCAAAUCCCACUCAACUCUGUCCACAAAGAUGAGCACGCUUUCCUACCGUCCUUCCGACCACCUGAGCUCUUCAACCAAGAAGCCGGCCCCCGGCUUUGAGGUAGAGUGAGGCUGGCAAAGCCGGUCUGUGAAGAGACCCAAAGAAAGGACCAGGAAGAAGGACCCAGAGAAACAUUCCUCCCAGCCACUUUGACACCAAAGGAGCAGCAGCAGCUUGCAUUUACACAGACAAUGGAUCGAGUCACUCUGAAUAAAAGUGUUUCCCUCCCUUUGCAGCAAAACAAAGCCACAGUUGACCACAAUUCGCACGGCAUCCGUGAUGGCCACUCAAAGAAUGUUGUCAGAAACUAGUGGCUGGUGUGGGCCUGGAAAAUCCCACUGGCAGAAAUGCGUUCUCCCCAACCUACCACCUCCCAACCACAUACACACCACCACCUCCUCGUGUUCUGUGAGUUUUGACUUCCACAUAAAGGCACAGAACUAGCAGCUGGACAGGGGAGUUCAAGGUCAUUCUGCUCAGCUUCCAGAGGACAGGAAAGCUCUGGUGUCUGCUUAGCUUUCAGAGACUGUGGCCUACUUGCGCCUCUUACUGUAUAUUCUGUACAAAGAUUUCCUACGUGAGAGUUGUCGAUUUUCUGAACCUUUCAUGAAUUCAGCCAGUGUCUUAAAGAGGCACAUUGCUGACCACAGCACCAUGGCCAAUUGUCUUGGUGGUGUUCCUAAAGUCUCACAUGAAAGCUGAACUUGUAAAGCUUGUUGUCUGUAUUGUACAACUGUGGCUUCCUAGUCAGGUCCAUUUGCCUUAGUCCGUAUCUGAGAAAUGUAUAUAGUUUGUGAUAAAAAGAUUGUAUAUCAUAAAGUAUGCUUUAUGUCUUUACAAAAAAACUAUCAAAAGAGUAUCUAUACUGUUUGAGAAAAGUACAUAGUCUAAAUAUAUGUGUAUCUCUAAACUGCCGUCAUUUGAUUUAAAUCUGACAAAGCUGUAUUUCCCUUGAAAUAAAGUAAUUUUAUUGCAACAUA